AUGCAACUUUAUACUUACCAAGCAGCAUACAGUUCACAGUGUGAAUCUCCACCUGCUCCCCAGCACCUUAACCGGGACCCCCCCGCUCCGCGCCGCUCUCCUGGGGGCUCCUCUCCCCGUCCCUUCCCAGCCUCCCCGAUCCCUAUCGCCGUGACCAGCCGGCAGUGGGAGCCGCGGGGCUCAUCCCCGGCAGCUCCUUCCCCGGGGAGGCGACGAGACGGGAUCGUGGGGAGCCCCCCCGAGCCCCCACGGCCCCCCACCCGCGAGGGCGUGCCGGCACAAGCCAGGCGGGGGCCAGGCCGGGAGCCGCCGGAGCUGGAGCUGGUCCCGGUGCCGGUGCCGCCGCUGCUGGAGGGGGGGGAGGCGGCGCCCGCCCCGCGCCCCCGCGCCCCGCCCGCCCCCGGCGGCAGCAGCAGCGGCCUCGGCACCCCCGGCAGCUCGGCCGGCAGCUCCAGCCCCAGCAGCAUGGACCUCUCCUUCAUGGCCGCGCAGCUUCCUGUUAUGGGAGGAGCCUUUAUGGACUCACCAAAUGAGGACUUUAGUACAGAGUACUCCUUGUUUAACUCCUCAGCCAAUGUCCAUGCAGCUUCUUCCAUGCAGAAUCCACCUGAAGAGACAUCCCGGUCUUCAAACGAUGCCAUAUUGUUAUGGAUUGCAAUCAUAGCAACCAUUGGAAAUAUUGUGGUUGUGGGAGUGGUGUAUGCCUUCACCUUCUAGGAUGCCUGUCACUCUGAACGCUGGAAGAGAGGAUAACUGCAACAGUAUUUGUCAUGUGUAUGUAUGUACGUGUGUAUAUAUACAUGUAUAUCUAUAUAAAUACGUAUAGGUAGGGACUUUGUUGAUUAAGUGCUACCACAAUCAUGGAAAUGAAAUGCAAGUUAAUCAUCAUGAAUCUUGAUGGCAGAAGUUUGGAUGCAAUUGCAAACUGUAUGGAGGUGAAAACUUUAAUUGAGAACUGAGCAAAUACAAGUUUUGUACGGAAAUGAAAGAGAGACCAGUAUGGAUAUAGUGGAUCCAAAAGAAACAGAGAUUUAUACAGAAAGUGCUUAUUUUCUACUGCUUAGAUUUUUCUAGCAGCUUUUCUGGGUUUUGUCAGCUUUUUUUUGUGCAUUUUUUACUGUGGUAUAAUGUUGUAUGAAAUUGUUCUGUGCUAUAUUUGCUAGACAUCUUAGUUUUCUGGAUGGAGUAAAGGGUAGGUGUUGGCUCAGUACUGAUGCAGUACAAAGUCAUCACAGGUGUGUCUUGAGAACUUGCAUACACUAGGCUGUGUCCAAAAUGUGUCUAACGCUCUGACAGGCAGAUGCAUGCUACUAACACUUGCCUUCCACUAUCAAUUACUAGGUGUGACAAUCUAGGAAUUGAUGCUCAGCAUACCUGCUGUUUGCAGGAGGAGACACAGCUAUUGCAAGGUGUGAUUGUUCUGCAUCCCCCUCUGGUUCUCAGAGGAAGAAGGGUGAAACCCAUUUUUGUGUAGGGAUACUGGACUGCAAUGACAGCAGUAGUUUUCGUUCCAGGAUACAAAGGACAGAUAUCAUCCUUUCCAGUUUAUCUCCUUGUAAUCCAGGCUUUCCACAGAAGUUAUACUUUCAUAAGCAUAUAGUCAUAGCAAAGGAACAUUGUGAAGCCAAAUAGUAAGUGAUGUUUUUGAGAAAAAUAGAUCUGAAAGAAAGAUGAGACUUCUGUGCUCACAAGGUAGUGAAUGCAAGUGUUGAUAUGUGCUGGGGUAGAAAUAACACAAAAAGGUAAUAUGUGGCAGAUAUACAAAUACAGGUGUUUCACUCUUAGUAAGUCUCUGGGUUCUGGUGAGGCUUCUGGAAAUGGCUCUUAUGUAGCCUACAUUAAGUAAUGACUCAAAUUAUCAUUUGGAUUUGUUCUGUUGGGGAACGGGGGAAAAAAAUCAUCUCUGUUGGAAAUCUUUUUCUUACCUCUAGAACAAAACAAAAUAGAUAAAAUUUCUGAACUUUGAGGUAGUAGUAGACCAAUUCUUCCUCUAAGUCUGCAUGUGCUGUAUCAGUUUUCUGCCUCAUACAGCUAGUAUGCUAAUUCCAGUAAGCCUCUUCUGCAGACACAGAGACUAUUUUUGACACCUGCCUGCCACUGAGCUUGAGGCUGGGCUAAGAGCUGACAAAUGUAAAGGGAGGUUUGGAUUUUCCUUCUUUUCUCUUUAAACCCAUUUUCCUGCAGGUCUGGUGAGCAUUUACAUGAAUCAAAGCAGCAUGCCCAAACCAGUAUCUAGAAUUGCUCAGUAGUCACUGUGUAUAUUUUUUCAUGUCUCCAUGAAGUUGCUUUUAAAGCUGGAAAGAUGAAAACAAACAGCUAGCAGGAGGGAGAAAAGGGACUGUUAUUCUGGGAAUGAGAAAACUCACCUGAGGAACAGAGCAUCUGUGUGUUUAGGUACUUCACUGUUUUGAAGCAGGGUUGUGUGAAGAUAGUUGAGAAUAGAUCUGUUCUGGAAAAAAAAAAAAAAAAAAAAGUUUGAGAAGCACACUUUUGGAAACUCAGAUGCACAGAAAGCUAAUUCUGUCUAAUAAAAUAGCUAUAAUCUUAAGAAUGAUACAGAAGUAAUGCUAUUCACAGUCCUAAAAUAGCUGUUUGCCCCUUCAUAGGCAGACAGAAAUAAUAAUAAUAACAAACAAUAACAAAGGAACUGAAUAGAUUGUGUACUUCUGUUCUUCUAUGCCUCUUUACCUUCCCUGAGCAGAAAGUAUACUGUUAAGCAAUGCUGGAAGGCUGCAGAAAGGUCUCAAAAAUGGAAUCAUGCAGGACAAAAUCUGGUAUGAAAACAUGUAGGAACCAUGUAGAUAUUACUUAAAAUACAUUUUUCUGAUAUUCUAUUGCCUUUGUAAUUGUAUCAGUAGACUUUUCUUAGGAACUUUUCUUCAAUGUUUCAAUAGGCUAUCUAAUUAGUUAUGCCAGGUCCUGCAAGCACUAUUUGUGCAUGAAGAGCAAAUUUUUUUUUUUCACCAUGAUUAAAAACCAGUUUGACACUAUGGUACUUGCCCAAUGGGAUUAUUCUGCUGCUAAAUAACUUUGCCAGUGGAGUGCUUUGUUUAAAUUUCCUAGAAUAUUAAUCUAAGUGCAAUUAGCAAUGUUUACAUUUCUUUCUCAAAGCACUAGACUAAAUUCUUCACCCAAGAAGUGCAUUAGAGAGGGAACAGCAAAGAACCACCACUCUGCUAAUGAACCUGAGUGACGCUUUUGGUGUUGCUUUUCCCAAAGAAAGUGUCCUACUUUCAUGUGAAACUGAUAGUAAUUGCAGGAGCGCUGGAAGACAAUGAGUUCUGCCUCCCUCAUCCAGAUCAUCAUCAUCAUUAGAGGAUGAGUUGUCAAAAGCAGCCAGACAGAACCUUAAUUAAAUUAAUUGGCUUGACAGGGUGACAUGGAAAAGCGGGUGAAGGUAUAAAGUGCAAGCAUUUCCUGUCUUGUAGUUAAAGAAACUAACUGUCCAGUUAGUUUUCUGCUGCUGAAAUAUAUUGUCAGGUGAUAAAAGAUUCCUACAUUAAAGUGAGAAGAGCUGGCUCAAAUUAUGAUCUCCUUUGAUCAGGAUAAACACUGUAUGUUUCUGGAUAUUGCAUUCUGACUUGGUCUACUACAACCUCUUAAAUCUCCUGGGAGGUUAAGGAAGUCUAAAAUUCAAGCACUGAAAAAAAAAAAAGGAGAUUCAUCCAUCAUUAAGUUCAGAGAGACCACAGAGGGGAGAAGAAAUGGUAGAUGUUUCAUAGGUGUGGUCCUGUGAAAUGUAUUAUAACUGCUUCAUUAUGUGAGUGUAUGUUAUAUCCUGACCUGUCAGCAUAGCUUGACUUAGAGGACUGUAGCUACUCCUUUCCUUGGAGAAAAGCAGCUGGAGAAGUGCUGUCACUCACUAAGGAGUGAUAAGUCCAAAUGCAUUCCCCCAAGCUGUUCUGUAAAAGCUGAAGAGGCUUCUGUGCUUUGCUGAGCAUUAGAGCAGGAUUCCACUUGUAGAUCUAUGCUGUAAGUAUCUGCAUCUAGCACAGAAAAUAGUUACAAGAUCCUGCUCAGAGUUUGUUCUGUAGUGGACAAAAGAAAAACACUUCCUACCUGCAGUUUUAGACCCCUAGCUAUGUUGUAAACAUCAUCCUGCAAGCACAAGAAGCCAUACUGCCUGUGCUCUGCAGUUAUUAGUGAUCCAUGGGAUGCAGAGGAACAGACUGGAUGCCCUUACAAGUCUUUUCUUGCCAUGGCCCCUAGGGAUCUACGACAACAUAUCAGAUAAUCAAACUGUCACUUAAGAAUUUUGUUUUUUGCUCUAAGCAGCCAGCAGCUCGACACAGCAGCUGUGCAUCCACCACAGCAAGGAGACUCAGCUUGGAGCUGGACUCGAUGAUCCUUGUGGGUCCCUUCCAACUCAGGAUGCUCUAUGACUGUGAUUCUGUGAGACUGAAGGCUGAACAGUUCUGGAGGUAGGUGCAAAGGCAUGUUAGAUGGGAGAACUGAGUGAGGAAAAUCAUAGAGCCAAUCCUUUUAUAUAUUUAUCUCCACGAGGCACCUGUUCUUGUCCACACUAUUAAUAUCCCCCUAAAAUAAAGUGAGGAAGCAGCAUGUAUUGUCAUGUCAAUGCAUUUGCAAAACAGAACAGAUUUUGAAACAGAUGCAACAGUGGUAGAGGGACUCAACAGCUACACGUAACAUAUUUAGUCAUUUAAAUGGGAAAGUGAGCUGAUAGUUACCUCUGAAGUAAUUAAAUCCACUCUCCAAAAUCCUUGUUUGCAAUGGGACUUGAGGGUCGUCAGCAUCCCACCAACUGCCUGUAAUAACAAGACCCCAGUCAAGAGUGAAUAGAAGCAGCCAGCCAUUGUAGUCUGAACCAGUCUCUAGUCUGAAAGGGAAAACUUGCCUUUCUGUCUGGGACCCAAAUUAACACAGCAGUCUUUAUAGGAAGUUAUGCAUUUUGUCUAUUAUUAGAAGCUUUCUUUUUGUUAUUCUUGAACUAUUCCAGUUCUUAAUAUCCUUUACACAUUUCUCUGCAGGCUGCUGAGGGUUAUUAAUUUCACAUAGCUCUGUCCAUUUAUACAGGGUAAUUUUGCAGGGCUUCCUGUGGCUAAUCACAGAGCAGAAUCUGGAAAAUUAUUCAUUUUGAGGCUGAUUUCCAUUAUUAAGAGAAAUAGGCUGAAAAUCAAAAUUGCAGAUCAAAACGCUUCUGUGCUUUUAAAGCACUUAGAGCUCUGGAUAACCUGAUUUAAUCUGGCUAACGCUCAGAAAGAAAAAGGGCAGUCAGGUCUCUGAUGGUAAUAUCAGACAUCAGGGUUCUGACAAGCAGAGCUUAGCGCUUCAUUAACUCCUCUUAUGCCCCUCUGGCUUUCUCGAUACACAGUCUGAGUGAGCUAACCAUCAGGUACAACGUGUCCCUCCUGUUUUACAGCUUGCUUAUCCUCAGGGGACCAAGGGCAUUUAUACUCUUAGCAGAAGAAGAGCUGGAGAUCAAUAUUCUAUUAAGUAUCUUGUUACUCAGUAUAUGGUCAGUCAUCGUAAAAUCAAGAUAGGAAUGGUUUAAAAAGUAGUUAGCCCUUUGCCCCUGAUCUGGGAACACAGUUUAAAAAAUAUAUAUAUGUAUAUCAUCAAAAUAUUCUGAGGUCUUAAAGUUUCCUACUGUUCUUGAUCUGAUUUUUGUCUUUCCUCAUACAACAUCUCUUGGCCUGUUACCUUGUCUUUCAAACUCGAGACAGUGAAAAUGAAGUCACUUAUCCUUGUCUAUGGCAUGUAGGGAAAUCCUAUCAGGUUGGAAAAAAAACGUCCUGUUUUACUUUUAGUUUUUGGCUGUUCAGGAACAAAGUAGUAGGAAAGACUCCAGUUCUCUACACAGAAAUCUCCAGGGAAAUAUGUGCCUUUGCAGAACAAAAUGCAUGGUAAUUUUGUCCCAUACUGGAGUAUUUACACUGAGAAAACAUGGCCAGAUCUUCAGUUGCAGUAACCUUUUAGGAAGACAGGUAAUGGAAACAAAAUGGUAAUACAAACCUGUUGUGUCUAAUCAUCUCAAUGGAAUGCUUCAAAGACAGCUUUACCUGAGUGUCAUCAGCAAGCUUGAUCAGUUGGUACCAAGGUAAAUACCCAUUUAUAUGAGCACAACCAGUGUUUCCAUCUUUUUCAGAAGUCUUAGGAUCUUUAAGCUACCCACUCUUAUCUUUACAGUGCAGGCUUCUGGUGAAGACAUUUUUCAGCUGUAGAAAAUACUGAGAAAGCUUCCCAUGUGGAUAGAAUACAUAACAACAAUGUUCAGAAGUGCUGAUUAGUCUCCCUGAAAAAAAAAAAAAAAAAAAAAAAACACCCAGGUUUCUUCCACAAGGCACAUUAAAGAGUCAAGUAUCAUCUGUACAGUAGCAUCACCUCUUUUUUCUACAGCUUUAUGCCAGUAAAUCUCAAAGUGUCUUAUUAUUAUUAACUACGAUUAACAAAAGUCAAGAACAGAGACAAAUAAUUUGUCUUCAGACUGUGUCGUUCCUCUUACCUUCCCAAAAUACCCUGAUGUGAAGUCUCAUCCAUCCCUUUAAAAUCUCUUGGCACCAUGUGUCUCCAUGCCUUUAUUUUAUUUCUCUCCUUGUGUUCUCCAUUUUCUUUUCAUUCCCUGGCAUGAGAGCACACAAGCAAUUGGAAGCCAGCAAUGUUCUUCAGCCCUUAACUACUCUGUUGACCUUCAAAGGAACACUAGACAAAGAUCAGUAAAAUAAGGUCUCUUACUGUAGGUAGAUCUUAAUCAUUAUAUGCCUUAGCAAACUGCAUGUAUUUCCCCCAAGCAGAAGUAAGUUGUAGCCAUUAAUCUUUGUAACUCUAUCAUCAGUACCCAUAAAACCCAAAGGUACAUUUUAGAAAUUCCUAUUUUUACAAUUAUUACUGCAUCAUUAAUUGAGCUUUCCCCACCCCAAAUCGUUUUAUUUUCUUAGCAAAUCAUAAUAAACAUUAAAGUAUUUAGGGUAAGGGAAGGGGACUGAAAACAGGCACUGAAAAGCACUACAAAAGGUAGAAAAACCCAAUGUAGCAUCACAGCCAUGAACCACUAUUCUGUUCAGUAAAGAGCAAGCACGAUCUGCUGAGCCAUGGGUAUUUCAAAUCUAGUCACACUUACAGUUCUCAGAUGCAUGGUAAAGCUGCUAUAGUCAGAUUGAGCAUUUCUAAAUCUUUUUUUGAGCAAAAUGAGGUGUACCUUAAGAACUUCAAAGUGUUGAGCAACCUCCUCAUCAGUCCAUGCUUGUUCUGGUAUUGUUGGACAGGCCUUCUGAACAGCAGUCAUUAAGAUUAUGUUGCAUUUCCUGUGGAGUUCAGUCCUAUCAAUGAGUGAAAAAGAUUAAACUAUUUACAAGAUUUAGGCCUAAAACUCUUUUCAGUUACUGCCUUCACAAGGAUGGUUGAAGUUCCAGAGCAUGUAAGCUGCUUUGUCCAGAGGGACCUUUGCCUCCACCUGGAGACAACUGGAUUAAUAACACUUGUGUAUAACAUCUGCUUCAGUGGAACAUCUUGUAGGACUAACUCCAGGUUGCUGGCUUUUUAUUUUAAACACAUCUGAAGAUGUCCAUACUUACUUCCCUAAUUAAAAAAAAAAAAAAAAAAAAGCAGAAGCAGAACACUAUUUUUUUAAAAGAGAAGGUAAAGAAAACAAGACCGAGUAUUUUGAUAGACAUGUGAGAUGGAUAUUUAAUGUAGCAAACUGUUGCACUAUUUUUUCUAUUGUAUGAGCACCUAACUGAAGAUAGGUAUGUUCUUAUAGGUAUGUUCUUUCUCCAAUAAAGACCUAUUCAGUUAAGAAGAUGUAAAUUUGGGAAGGAAUAGAGUGUAAAGCCUCAAUGAAGUUUUAAACUAAUGUAAAUAAAUCCAGUAGCUAGCUUUGUGACGUAGCUUAUAACAUUUACUUUUCUGUUACCUCAUCUCAAAUAUUGCCUAAUUGUGCUUUGUGUUUUUCCCCACGAUAAACUAAAUAGUGACACUUUGAAAGCAUCUGUACUUCUCGCAAAAUUGCAGUCAUUUGGAAAUGUCAUCCUUCAGCUCAUGUAAAACAAGUUUACAGGAGCCCUUUAGAAUGCACUGUUAUUUUUUCAUAAUAAUUCUGGACAGUUUAAUUCUCUUGUUCUUUGUCUCUGCUACCCUGUUUUGUACACUAACAGAUUUGCAGGGCUUCUUUGUAUUGUUUUUGUAGUAUAUGGGUUGGUUUACAGAAAAAAAAGCUCUUGUAAUAAUUGUUAUUGAAAUGUGAAUCUCUAUCUGUAAAGAGAAAAACUUCUUUAAAAAUACCCGUUUUCUCUAAUUAGCAAGGUUAGUUAACAGAAAAGUAUUCUUUUCUGUUCCUGUUAUAUAUUCUUACAGUUAUUGACUGCUUUCACUAUGUAUGUACUUGGUACUGGUUUGUUCUUUUACUAUGAUGAAAAUGACACAUUUUGUUAACAUCAGAUGGAAAUUGUGUUUUGGGAUAAAGUUCUUCAAAUUGA